CUUGUGCUCUCUCACUUCAAGAACUUCUAGUGUCUCCCUCCUCCCCCCUAAUUCCACAGUUUGCCAGAGAUGUAUCGUGUGUGAGUCCCUCACGCAGGAGUCAUUCCAAAAGAUAAAUCGUGAAAGGAGAAUUAACGAAAUUCAGUGUAUCAAUAAAAUCGACGUGAAGUGAUUGCAUAUAUCCCACAUAAUAUAAUCAAAAUAGUGGCAUGAAUGAUGCUGCGAGAGGCGAACAGUCGUGUGAAUAUUCUGUACAAACGGAAUUGAAGGUGAUAAGCAAUGGCAACAAAAACUGAGGACUUAGUUUCUAUGGACAACGCUACUGAUGGUGGAAGUGUGGACAAGGAGAUAUUGACAAUAAGCGGUGUUGAUAAUUCAAGCCACCGUGUACCACCCACAUACCUCUACAACACCGGCAACGACCAGUGUGGGAUAAAUUCCGAUCACGACAGGCACAAUCACUGUUACGAUCAGACCACGGACGAUCAGUUGGGCCCAUUGCCAUCAAAUUGGGAAAAGGCUUACACAGAAACCGGUGAAAUUUACUUCAUCGAUCACAACACAGGCACCUCCCACUGGCUAGAUCCAAGAUUAUCGAAAUUCCAGAAGCGUUCCCUGGAAGAAUGCCUCGACGACGAGCUCCCUUAUGGUUGGGAGAAAAUUGAUGAUCAGCUUUAUGGUACUUAUUUCAUUGAUCAUGUGAAUCGGCGAACGCAGUACGAGAACCCGGUGAUACAGGCGAAAAGGGCACAGCAGAGCCUCAACGACAGAAAGAGUCCUAGCUUCACCAGGAAUCCUAAGAAAUUGAAGGGACAGAGAAUAAGGACUACGUUGCUAAAGAGCUCGAGGGGCCUUGGAUUUACUAUUGUGGGGGGUGACGACGCUGUUGAGGAAUUUCUGCAGAUUAAGAGUGUUGUACCCAAUGGUCCAGCGUGGCUCGAUGGAAAAUUGCAAACAGGUGACGUUUUAGUAUACGUCAAUGACACUUGCGUGCUGGGCUUCACUCAUAACGACAUGGUGAACGUCUUCAAAUCGAUAGCAAGUGGUGAGACGGUUUCUCUAGAAGUGUGCCGAGGUUACCCGUUGCCCUUUGACCCCAACGACCCCAACACCGAAGUAGUGACGACAAUAGCAGUGAGCCCCCCCGACGACAAUCACCAGGAGGUCCCGAGAAGCUUGCAGCAGCACUCCUCGGACCUCCUGCCAGAGGAUCCAACCCUCUACAUGGACCUGGACCCCUCGCUGCAACCAGAUUCUCGCUUCGGUUUCCUGGAGAGCUCCUUCCUACCAGUGCAUAGUCACCAAAACGGUGAGAAUCUUACAACGGCCUCAGUGAACUCGAUGCCAGAUCUCUGCAUCUCUGACAAGAUCACGACCAUCAAAAGGCCCAGCAGCACUGACAUUCUGCUAUCAGACACAACGGACUUCGACGAUCCGAAAGAUCUCUCGAAACCAGAAUUUCUGAGUAUUUCGAUUGUGAAGGGAGCGAUGGGCUUUGGCUUCACAAUAGCUGACUCCUCUCACGGUCAGAAGGUUAAAAAAAUUCUGGAUCGACAUCGUUGCAAGAACCUCAUGGAGGGGGAUAUCCUAGUGAACAUAAACGACGUCAAUGUGAGGAGCAUGUGUCACUCCGAGGUUGUGCAGGUCCUCAAGGAUUGCCCCAGAAGCCAAGAGGCUCUCAUCCACGUCCAGCGGACAAUUGCACAGAUCAAGGAUAAGAAGGAGAAGAGUGCCCGGGACUUUUACAGGAGCAAAACCCCAACAGCUGAUAUUUACAGCACCCAAUCGAAGACAAUAGUGCCUAGCAGACCGAAAACACCUCUCAUUGAUACUAGAAAUCGCACCAAAUCGCCGUCUGACUUCAGAAACGAUUGGAGAAGUGAGAAUGAUAAUCAUUUAGGUCCAAUGGAGAACACCUGCAAGUAUCCCGAGUACAAUCACGAUGUUUAUUAUAAUGAUCCUUAUAAAUCAAAUAUGGGGAAGAUCACUGAUAAUUUUGGGAGGAUGACCAAUAUUGAUGACGAUCCCAUGAGGCACAGAAACAGAGACUGGCAUGGAAAUGACAAGAUGAGUUUGGGGGCGGACAUGUACCCUAUCAGUGCUGUGGGACACGACCAGAUGACCAAGCAGAAUGGCGAACAUUCGGAUUAUUACAAGGAUCUUUACUCGGUCAGGAUGCAUCAGCAGUAUGCGGCUCAGGAUUAUGCAGUUUAUGGGAUGGGGCAGGAGCAGAGUGUCGACACUGGCGAAAUUUGGGACAAGAGGAAAGAGACGACUAGUUUUGAGCACGAACAACCCCAUUCCAGUUCGAUAUCUAGGUAUCCCCAAUAUCCGAAUGAAAUGGUUUGUCCGACAAUCCCCGACGUCGAGUGGAUAGAGACCGUGGUGACCCUGAUCCGCCAAGACACUGGUUUUGGUUUCAGGAUAGUUGGAGGAACCGAGGAAAGAUCUCAGCAGGUGUCCGUUGGCCACAUCGUGCCAGGUGGAGCAGCUGACCUGGACAAUAGACUGAACACUGGUGAUUUAAUAAUGUCCGUCGAUGGAGAGAGUGUCAUGAAUUCCUCUCAUCAUCAUGUAGUCCAGCUGAUGAUUCAAGCAGCGCAGAAUGGCAGAGUUAGUCUGGGGAUAAGAAGGCGAAUCAACGCUCAGGACCAUCUCCAGGAGAAUCUCCAGAGUUCCUACGACAGACAAAUGAAUCUCCAGUAUCCUUACGACAUCACUGUCAGCAGGAUGGAGAAUGAAGGCUUUGGCUUCGUUAUCAUCUCGUCUGUGAACAAGGCUGGAUCGACUAUUGGGAGGAUCAUCGAGGGCUCGCCUGCUGAGAGGUGUGCCAGGCUAAACGUUGGUGAUCACAUUCUCGCUGUUAAUCACGUUGACAUUACUAAUGUCUGCCACAAGGACAUUGUGAAUUUGAUAAAGGAUUCUGGGUACUCGGUCACCCUCACCAUUGGAUAUCCCAUUGACGAUUGCUGUAGCACUACUUCUAUGUCCCAGAAGGAUGAGUCGACUGGAGAUGGCGACGGAGGUCAGUAUCAUGCAGUGGAAUUGACUCGCGGCACCCGAGGAUUUGGAUUUAGUAUUCGAGGAGGAAGGGAGUUCCAAAACAUGCCACUUUUUGUUUUGCAAAUUGCGGAGAAUGGACCUGCUGCUAUUGACAAUCGAUUGAGGGUUGGUGAUCAGAUAAUCGAGAUAAAUGGGAUAAACACAAAGAACAUGACUCAUACCGAGGCAAUAGAAAUAAUACGAAAUGGCGGUCCAUCGGUGCGACUAUUAGUACGUCGUGGAUGCCAAAUGCCAAGUGCGCACUAUAUUGACGAUAUAAGUGUUCGGACGAUUGACGAAGAGACCAUGCACACGAAUGAUAGGGAAAUUAUUGAUGGAAAUUUAGAGUACAAAACAGAAACAACGAUUACACUGUGCUGCUGCUCCCGGAGAAAACUAUGAUGAUGAUGAAUCUGAUGUUACAUUGAUUGAUGCUUUUUAUUGGUAAUUGAGAAGGAUGCCGAAGACUUGAUACAGAUAUGGUCAAAUUUUAAUUCCGGGGGAAGUAAACACGUGUAAUAGAAAUUUAUUAGAAAAAUCGAUAGUUCUUGGUGUUGAAUUCUAUUGCGUUUUCAUUGAAAGUCUGUAAGAAAUGUCUCGGAGGUUUAUUAGAAUUUUAUUUUUCAAUAUUUGAUUUGUUUAUAUGACAUCUUUAUCGGAGAUUAUGCUUUACAGUUAUUUACACAAAUGGGAAGGCCUUAACUAUUUUGGAACUUUUCUCAAACUUAGGAGGCUGCUGAAAGUUUCAACAAUUUCAAUCAUUUAUGUGAAAGAUAACGACUGCUUUAAAAAAAGCUACGUAAAAUAAUGUUAAUGAUACUUGGAUAUGUUUUUUUUACAUAUAUUUUUCCAAUCGCAGGUGUAAUUCUUCCAUUUUUUUCGCUGCAUUUUUACUUUUCUAUCAUAAUAAUAUCCAAGCAAAAUCAAUUACACGCGUGACGACUCAGAAUCUCUUCUGUGAAUCUCUGGAAAAUGAAUAGUGAAUAGGAAAUAAGAAUUAACGGGAAACGUCGGGUUAAUUGAUGCAGUAAAGACUGUACUCUGAUAAUAGUUUCACGAGAAUUUUUUGAUACCUCUAAUUGCUAAAAUUUCAGCGAAAUUGUUAAACGUUCGCAUUAUUAUUAAUGAAAUUAUAUAUAAAUAUAUUUUAAUCGAUACUCAAGUGCUUUAUACACAAAAUUUUUAACUGAUAAUUAUAACCGACGAAUGAACAAUUGAUGGGACUUAUGGGAUUCCGAUUGAUGAGGAAGUAAUAAAAAUGAUCACAUGACAAACGAUAUCCAGCCGACCAAAGAGAAAUUUGUUCGUCUGUCGACAAUUACUCAAUCAAGAAUUGUUAAUUUGUAAUUAAUUUUGUAUUUAAACAUUUUCUCCUUCACAUCUCAUCGAAGAGGGGCCGAAACUAUAAGAAAUAGAGGAUAAUUUUACAAUUUGUAUUGUGUAAAUGUGUUGACUAAUAUAUAUUUUUAUAUCUACAAAUCAGGGUAAAUUGAGGUAAAUGUCUGGUUCAAUGUAGAACUCUCUGACAUCAUUUUAUUCUACUUCGUUUUACCAAGUACAUGUGAAAUAUUUUCAGUAAUUAAUUUUCUCCUCUUUGUAGGAAAGAAUGUAGGUAUGAUUUAUUUUAUCACACUGUGCUCAAGUUAAUGCACGUGUCCAGACACUGGAUUGAGUGAUUAGAGUUGAAUUAUUCUUGCCACGUCUUCCACGUGUGGAUUUUAUCAACGACUGUGUAUGAUUAGUUAUUUGUAUCGGCUGAUUAAGUAUUUUAAUUCUUUGGAUAAUAAUUUGAGUGACGUUUUGUAGAAUUAUUGGUAGUGAAUUGUACAGAUUUUUUUCAUUUACAGGGAAAAAUCGGAGAGUAAAGGAUCUGUAAGAGUGAUUAUGGAAUAAUGCGAUACAAGAUUAUUGUUGUUGAAUUAUAUUGAAACAAUAAAAUAUUUGACAAGAA